GUGUUUCUCGGCUCACAUGCACUAAUGCAUCCCAUUCUCCUGGUGGAUCUCCUCACAGAGCUCUGCUCGGCGGUUUCUCUUUAAUUCUGCGGCAUCUCUCCCCCUGCAUGCGGCCCUGCAGCUGUGGAGGAGGGCGGGCGCAGGCUGGACACAAUGAGCAGAUUUUGGACCGAAAAGUCACUGAUGAAGAUGAUGCGUCAUGUGCAGAACGUGGACUUGAGAGGAUUUCUGCGCGCAUUCGCCCAACGUGAUUUGCAUUAACUGGAUUUGCAGAGCAGGCAGGGAGGGGACUGACCUGGGAUCCUCAAGAAACUCCGCGUAAAUUUGAAGGUUUUUUCCCUGCAGAUAUUGGAUUUUUUGCGCAGGAGGACGGAAACUCUGACGCAGCGUGGCGGAGGGAGGGGAUGAUCUCCCGGCCAAACUGACCACACGCAGUUGUAGGGGAAUCUGCUCGGGGGAAACAUACAAGAUGAUGUCCCUGAUUGAUCUGGACGAUGAUCAGAGAUGGGUGCCCACUCACGUCAAUGUCACCGUGCUCCGCGCGCGGGGACUGCGCACCAAGGGCAAGCACGGCAGCCGCUACCUGUACACCAUCAUCCAGGUGGGGAAGGAGAAGUACACCACCGGGCUGGUGGAGAAGGCGGAGCAGCCCGUGUGGAGCGAGGAGUGCAGCUUCGAGCUGCUGCCGGGCAUCCUGGAGGCCGGCGGCCGCAGAGCGUACCCGCCGGGCAGCGGGGACCUGCUGCUCACCGUCAUGCACCGGGUGCUCAUCGGCCUGGACGUGUUCCUGGGCCAGACCAUCAUCCCCCUGGAUGAAAUAUUCCACAGUGGAGUCUGUCCAAGAGAUGAGUGGUUCAAGCUCAACUCUAAGGCUGGAAGAAAGGAGAAGGAACGUGGUGAACUGCAGGUGACGGUCCAGUUCACGCGCAACAACAUGACAGCCAGCAUGUUCGACCUCACCAUAAAGGACAAACCUCGCUCUGCAUUUGGCAAGCUCAAGGAUCGCGUUACAGGGAAGAAGCGGGGAGACGUGGAGUCUUCUUCCGCAAUCGUGCCGGGCCGCUACGCUGCCCUUUCAGGGUCCCUGGGGCAACCGUUCGGAGAGCAGGGAGGAGGAGCAGUGGAGUCACGAGAAGUGGAGAUAACGGAGGAGAAGAGGAGCAAGAUGAAAGAUUUCUUUAAGGGGAAGCUGCGGAAGGGGUCUGACACCAGGUCAUGCUCAUCGCUGGCUUCGGAGAGCAGCGUGUCUUCCAUGGCCAGUGAUAACCUGGCCCCCCCGCCCAGUCUGGACCUGCUCUCAGACCCCCCCAGCUCUCCCAUCUACACCUCCAAAGUGAGAGUGGACACCCACUAUGGAGAAGCAGAUUUAGCUAAGAAAGUGCUCACGAGCCAGCACACCACAAAAAUCUUCACCCACAAGCGGGCCUUCAGCGACGAAGCGAGCAAGAUUUCAACAGCCUCGCCUCGAUCAAAUAUCUCCGUGGAGUCGCUCAAAGGUCGUACCAUGACUCAGUCCCAGUCGUCCUUGUGUAUUAAUGGAAGUCAUGUUUACGACUCUGAGCCGUCGACCAAGGGCUCCGGGGCGCUCUCAUCCAAGCUGGUUCUGCUGGAAAAGUGCUCCCCGCUGUCUCGCUCUCUGCAAAAUCUCACCAAAAGAAGCGAGGACAAAGGCUCCUUUACAGAGGGCCGACGCUGGUCCUUUGACAAGUUGAAGAAAGAGGACAAGGAGGAAGAAAAGGAAGCUCUUGGAUCGUCUGUCCAAGUUCAGGAAGCUCAGACAGGGGCCCGCCCUGUGCAGGCGGCGAUGCCCAUCGUCUCCUCUCCUGCUGCUUCGCCCGAAAAAGGGAGGAAGCUAAGAAAGACGUUAUUCUCUACAGGAAGAAGUGAUUCUCUCCCGGUGAAAUCAGACAGUAACCAGAGCGGCGCCACAUCUGAGGGCCGGCUCAGGGGCUGGUUUGGCUCUGGUGACUCCCAGAACAAGCCAAGGCUGGAAGUUUCUCCUAAGGUAGAAAGCAGCCCUGACGCACCCCUUCCCUUCCCUUCUUGCCCCCCUGCACAUCCUCAGUGCUCCUCUCCCUCCACUCUCCCCUCCGCUCACGUCUCACCUGAGGACUGCAGUCACGUUAAUGUCUUCACGCCUUCAUCUUCCCCUCCCUCCAACCCCCUCUCCCCUUCCAACCCUUUCCUUCCACAAUUGCAACACAACCCCUUCUUUGAGGUGCUUGUAGCGGAAGACUUGCAGAAGUCGCCUCCUCGUGGGCCGUGCUCCUCUCCUGGCUCAUCGCCCUUUCAUUACGUCACCCUGCCCGCCCAGCCCUGCACAUCCAGGACCGCUCCCGAAGCUAGAGCUGGAAAUAUGGCUUCCAUAAGGCGGGAGCGCCCUAGGCCAGUAGCUAGACAGAUUUCCCUUCCUGCAUUAUUACCAAAAACCGUCUCUCCAGGCUCCCCGGACCAGUUUGGUCCUUGCUCCACUUCAGCGUCUGCAGGAGAUUGGGAGGACUCCUUCGACGCCUUUGCCAGUAGCAGGUUAAAAUCUCCUAAACAGUCGCGAAUAAGCUCAACGUCAUCAAAUAGUCGACCCCUUUCCAAUGCCUAUAACUAUGCACAGGAUCACCAGGCAUACAAAGAGGAGCCGCCACCGUUGCCUCCAAGGAAACUUUUAAGGACUUCAGUGAAUGAGAUUUUCUCAGACGGCUGGCUGCAUAGAGGCCAGGAGCUAGCUGUCCAUAAAGAAGCCUACCUCCUUUCGCAGACGGGUGUGGCCUCACUACAGCGCGGCAGAGAAAGCGAAUCCAAGAGAAACAGCGUAUCUCCAGACCCGCAUACAAACAGCGAGACAUCCGACUCUCUCAGCGUCCACUCCCACAACACAAGCACUACGUCGCCUGGACUCAUGUCCGAGGACAAACUUCAAAAGUUCAAGUAUGAACCUCUGGAAGAUGAAAUUCACUGCUGGGGAGGGAUGUUGUUUGAGCAAGACUUGUAUGGACGUGUCUGCAGAGGAAAUUAUGCACAAUCGAGAGUACUCAGUCAUUCUUUAUCAUUGGGUGCUGAGAAAACUGCAGGAAACAUAAUCACAUCUACACUUCCUGAAAACGAGCUAUCUGCUUGUGACCCCUUCAACCUUCCUUCUCCUUCUGCCAAGGUACCUGAUAUCUCUUGCACCCCUACAGAGGAGAUAAUAGACAGUAAUUCUUAUGAAACCACAUGCCUCAACAAUAACAUAUCUUUCUCGUUAACGUUGGGAGAUCUGAACAUGAAUGUGAAUGAUUCAGAAUUUAGUUUUAUUGAUUCUGAUGGCUCUCCUCCAUCAGAGGAAGCUGAUACUCUCAAAAGCUUAAACAAUUCAGGUGAGGCCUCGUUUCCAGAAGAUUCCCAGAUGGUCAUCUACCAACAGACGACUGAACCUGAAGCCAUGUUCACUUUGAAGGAAACCUACAUACCUGCAAUGAACUCCUCUUACGAAGUCACUGCAACUUCUAAUAAACUGUGCAAAGUAACUCCAGUUUGCCAAGGCAAUUGCCAAGAUUGUGAACUGAAUAAUGUAGCACCACACUGUUUCUGCAGGGUGACCAGCUUGAUUGCUGCUUUGAAGUCCCAAAAUCCGGCAAACGAUUUGCAACGUGUAAAUGAACGUAAAGAAGAGCAGAGAAGUAGUGAUGAUGACUUUAAAAAGGGCUGUGAUGAUAAUGGAAACCUGCAAGACCAAUUAACCAAACCCAACCAGGCCGAACCCUUUUCAGGGGUCGUUAGUGCACGAAUCAGACCGAAAGGAACCUCCCGCCAGAACAGCAACGACAGCCCGAGGAGCCAAAGCAAAAGUGGAGAGAAAGAGUUUGAACAGCUUUUAUCUCUCGUUCAAAACAUUUCAGACGUCGGUGAAGGGCCGUUGUCGUAUCAGCCCUCUAAGUCCGCCUUGCCGUCCUCGCAGGCUUCAGAUAAACACGCAGCCAUGCUGGAAAGUAGCACCACCAACCACCAGCAACAGGAAAGUGAAAAUAAGUCCAUUACAACGCCACAAAUCUCUCCAAAGAUCAACACAUCACGUAUAACGGAAAAGCUGUCUGCGAUCAGUUUUGAAGACCUCCAUGCAAAAGUUGCACCAAACUGCAGGACGCCCUCCAAGAUGAAGAUUGGGAAAUCUUUGGAAAAGCCUGAGCUCUGCUCUCCCUCCACCUCUUCCGCACUCUCCUUGUCAGCUGACACCCCUGUCUGUUGCCCCCCCAUACAUCCCCCUAGCUCAGGGCCCGGUGCGGGAGCCGGCACUGCGCUGGCCGUGGCCCCCUACACCUCCUCCUGCUCUCCCACCUCCACCACUGACCAGCCCCUGGUCCAUGCACGGCACUCACUUUUGCCUGAGGAGAACCAGCCUGCUAGUAAACUCCCCCAUCAAGAGAGCAGACCUCAUCCAGUGAAACCAUUAGCAUCCAGCCAGUCAGAGAAGAAGGACGGCCGUUCUGUUCUGGAGAAGCUCAAGUCUACCAUCAACCCUGGACGAUCGGCUCAUCAGGCUUCAGCUGAGCCUGAGAUCAGUCAGGAGGUAGCGGUGGACAGAGCUGCCCAGUACCAACACCUGACCAACAUGGAGCUGAUCUCCCUGCUGCUGCAGCAGGAAAUGGACAUGCAGAAGCAGCAGCUGGCCUCUGCGCAGCAGGGCGCGCAGCUGGAGAAAUGUGAGGCUGAGCUGAAAAAGGUCAAAGCACAGGUCCGAGACCUGGAGGACUAUAUCGACAACCUUCUCCUGCGGAUCAUAGAACAGACACCCACCCUACUUCAAGUGCGCGGGAGGCACAAGUGACGACAGUGCCAAUGUGCAUUUGGUGCGAUGCACAUGACGUGUGCCUCUAGAAUAUUAAUUGAGGCUGGGAGUUAUUGUUCUAGAGGUGGUAGCAGUCACAGAAAUGCUCCACGAGAUAAUCCAGGUCUUCUCACUGCUGAUACUGCCCUGUUGAUGUAGACACGAUCUUACCAACCAUGCAUGCUUGUUACUAUCCCAGUUUGGCACAAGCAAAAUUACAGAACAACAGGUGAUGACAAAAAGCUUCCACCAAAGCAGACUAAAGUGAGUAUUUCACAUGUUGUUACCAGACUUUAAAAAAAGAAAAGAAAAAAGCAGCCAGCUGUUGUCAGAUUAACUUUAAGAACACUGCUUUUGCACAUGCAUAAAAUAAAAUAUAAGCUGGAGAAAAGCUUUUUUGGAACGGCAUUGAGUUGAGAUUACAACAUAAACUCAAGAAACUUUUUCAAAUGAAAUCUUGGAUUAACAACAAAAGUAACAUUUUGAUGAUCCUCAUAGUGUUUUAUUGGUUUCCGAAGUGAUGCAAGCCCAUCAGGGUUAACUUGAGUUGAUUUAAUUUCUUCAGACAAGGUUUAAAAUCGAGUAGAAAAAAAAAUAGCAACUCAUAAAAUGCCGCUUUGCAAUGUCACCGAUGCAAAAGAGACGUUUCUGCAUUAACAACGCUGUAUGAUGCGCAAAAGAGCAAACGUUUGUGAAAGACUGUAAAGGACAAAGACAGGUUUUGGGUUUUUUUUUGUGUAUUUUCUUUUCUUUUCUUCUUUUUUUCAUUGCUGUCUUCCCUUUAACUACAACUAUUAAAAUGGCAAUGUUGGAGGUUUUUUUAAGUUCUAUUUUACAUUUAUGUCACAAUUGUAAUAAUGCAGUAAAUCAGAGUAAGUUAUUACUAUCAGAUACCUUUAUCAUUAUAAUAUAUUGUAAAGUCUCUGUAGUACCACUGUAGCUAGCUGCAUAGCUUCGACAUGACCGCAGUACUGUAGUAAAA